AUGAAGGGCACAAUCGGCACCGCGGCUCUGGCAGUCGCGUCGCUGGCAUCUGCAGUCAGCGCCAGAAUCAUUGCUCGUCAAUCCGGUAGCCUGCCGACUAUCAAGAGUGAAGGCAAUGCUUUCUGGAAGGACAAUGGCGACCGAUUUUACGUUCGUGGUGUGGCCUACCAGCCCGGUGGAGCUGCAGAUGCUGCAGACCCAAUGAUGGACAUGGACACAUUCCGAAACGACGUCAAACGCUUCAAGGAGUUGGGAAUCAACACCAUCCGAAUCUACACCAUCGACAACAGCAAGAACCACGACGAGGCUAUGAAGUUGCUCGAUGACGCAGGCAUCUACCUCGCUCUCGAUGUCAACACACCAGAAUACUCGCUCAACCGCAAGUCUGUCAGCUCACUGCACACGUCAUACAACGAUGUCUACCUUCAAUCUGUCUUCGCUACCGUUGAUGCCUUUGCCGGAUACAACAACCUCCUCCUCUUCUUCUCCGCCAACGAAGUCAUCAACGCCAACAACAACACCAACGCCGCCCCCUACGUCAAAGCCGUAACCCGCGACAUCAAAAACUACAUCCGCGCCCAAGCCUCGCGUGAAAUCCCAGUCGGCUACUCCUCCGCCGACAUCGCCGAAAACAUCGAAUCCCAAGCCCUCUACUUCGCCUGCGGAGAAGACGCAAUCGCGCGUUCCGACUUCUUCGCCUUCAACGACUACUCCUGGUGCGACCCCUCCUCCUUCACGCAAUCGGGCUGGGACAAAAAAGUGCAAACCUACAAAAACUACUCCCUCCCCCUCUUCCUCUCCGAAUUCGGCUGCAUAACCAACCGUCGCGACUGGAACGAAGUCUCCGCCUUAUACUCCACAAACAUGACAAUCGCCUACUCGGGAGGUCUCGCCUACGAAUACACCUUGGAAGCCAACGGCUACGGAUUAGUACAAAUGUCCAAGGGCCAAAUCGUCCCGAACGAAGAUUUCUCCCGUUUGAAAACCGCUUAUGAAAACACUCCUGUCCCGGAAGGUGAUGGCGGAGCACGCAAGACUCGCACCGUACCCGCUUGUCCUCCGGAAACAGACGAGUGGCAAGUGAGUACUACUCUCCUCCCGGAAAUGCCAACCGGUGCGAAGAAGUACUUUGAGGAUGGAGCCGGUGAGGGACCCGGGCUGGAGGGUGAUGGGUCGCAGUGGCAUGGAACGCCUUCGGAGACGAAGCCGGAUCUUAGUGAUGGAGUUUCUACGACUGAGGCGCAGGAUGCGGAUUUCUCGAGUCAGUCAGCACUGGUGGUAUGUGCCAGUCAGAGGGGAUAG